UUGGCUCUGAUCAGACUAAAAUUAACAAAGGCUGCAAGGAGUGCUUGGCCUCAUGAAAUGACUGAAGAGUUGUGGUGAUAACUCAUAAAAAAUGAAUGUAAACACUUUCAUUUUGUUCUGCCUUCUUCUUAACCUUUGUGUUACUUUUGGUACAAGAAAGAAUAAGGCACCGAAGAGAAUUUUGAGAAGAAGGUUGCACCAUGGCAUACGGCAACAAGCUGGCUAUGUGAAUCACAAUUCAGCCAGACUAUACAAACCCAGACGUUCACACUUUGCUGCCAUGGUUCCAAUCAUUAAUGCAGAUGAAAGUACUUUGCCCUUCGUUGACUCAUAUGUAAGUGUUGAUGAAACUGAGCCCAGCUACCAUGUACUACCAGGCAGGCAAGGACACUGCAAAGCCAAUGGGAUGAUCAUGUAUCACAAUGCAGUCUGGUCUCCAAAACCUUGCCUAACCUGUCUGUGUUCAAGUGGAAAAAUAGUUUGUGAUGAAAUGAACUGCCCUAUUUUAAAUUGUGCAAGGACCAUUAUACCAACAGGAGAAUGCUGCCCAAUUUGUACUUCAAAUGAGCCAAAUGAUCCAAGUGAAACAUAUCCUGUAAUCUUCAAUAAUCAGGAUUUGCAUAUAGGACAAGAACAGCUAAGAACAGUAGAGGAAGAAUUGGAAGAAGAGGAAUUGCAUAGAAAAGAUGAAAAACAUAAAGAAGAUGAGAAAAAACAGAAAGAUGAAAAAAGGCAAAGUGAACUGGGAGAAGCCCAUCACAGUGAAGAAAAAUUGAGACAGAUGGAAGAGGAAGAGUUACAAAAGGCAGCUGAAAUGCAACAGAAGCAUUUCAAGGAAGAAAACCAGGAAAAUAAAGAAGAGGAGCAAUUUGAAAAAGAAUUAAAAAAUAAUUCCAGCACAAUAGAAGAGGAAAACCAGGAUUUUGAUAACGAUGUAGACAAUUCUGGCAGUGAGCAAGAGGUGGAGCAAGAGGAGCAGCAAAAGGUGAAGGAGGAGCAAGGAGAGGGACAAAAGGAAGAGCAAGUGGUACAGGAAAAGCAAGGGAAGGAAAAAGAAGAAUUGGAGGUGGUGGAGGAGCAAGAGGAGGGCCAAGUGGAGGAAGAGAGGCAAAUGGAGCAAGAUCAAGAGUUGGAAGAAAAAAUAGGGAAAGCAGAAGAGCACAGGGUAGGAAAAAAAGAGCAGGAAGAGGUGGAAGAACAGGAAAAAAGAAAGGCAGAACAAGAGAAAGCACAGGAGGAAUACGAGGAGGAGAAAGAAGGGGAACAGCAACAAGAAGAAAAGGUGGAUGGAGAGGGGGGGGAGGUGGAGGAGGAUGGAGUGUGGGAAGAUGAGGACGGGGAAGAUGAGGACGGGGAGGAUGAGGAGGAUUAUCAAGAUAUUUUUGAUUUGUCAUCAUUUUCUACCAUAUUACAACUGAUUCCACAUCAGCCCAAUGAGGACACCCCAACAUUUUCUCUCCCAGUUGGCUGUGAUGUGACAGACAUCACUAUAAAUUGCAAUAAUGCAAAGUUGACUCAAAUACCUCCACUACGUGAUCUGGAGAUCAAACAUUUUCAGCUUGCAGGAAAUUCAAUCACUGCUAUUCCAGCAGAAGCAUUUAAUGGAGUUCCUAAUCUUGAAUUAAUUGACCUCAGCAGAAACAGAAUUCCUUCAUCAAAUAUAGACCAAGCAGCAUUCAAAAAAUUAAAAAAACUGGAACGCCUAUACUUGGAUGGAAAUUUAUUACUCCAGAUUCCUCCUCAACUCCCUCGAACACUAGUAGAACUAAAAGUAAAUGAAAACCUUCUUCAACAACUGGAUGAACAAACCUUUCAUGGUCUAAGUAAAAUAGUCAAUUUGGAGCUGGAAGGAAAUAAACUCAGUGAAAGUAAUGUUCAACCCCUUGUCUUCAGACCACUUAAGCGACUCGCUUACUUGCGACUGGGAAAAAAUAAAUUCAGAACCCUACCGCAAGGUCUUCCUUCUUCCAUCGAGGAACUCUACAUUGAACAUAAUGAAAUUGAAGAGAUAUCUGAAAUGAGUUUAAAUAAGACAACCAAUUUGAAUGUAAUUGUUCUAAGGCAUAACAAACUUGAUGAAACCAGAAUAGCACCAAUGGCUUGGAUAAAACUUGAGAAUCUGGAAUCCCUGGAUCUCUCAUACAACAAGAUCGUUCAUGUUCCAUCCUUCCUACCCAAAGGUUUGCUGUAUCUUAUACUUGUUCAUAACCAGAUUGAGCGAAUUCCAGGCUUUGUGUUUGCCCAUAUGGAACCAGGACUGGAAAUUCUGUACCUUUCUUUCAACAAACUAACCAGUAGUGGAAUUGACCCAGUUUCUUUCUUUGGAACUUAUGAUUCUAUGAGGGAACUGUUUUUGGAUCAUAAUAUGUUGAAAAGAGUUCCUGCUGGAAUUGCUGAAAUGAAAGCACUUCACUUCUUGAGACUGAAUGACAACUUAAUCAGGUAA